AUGGCGGCACACAAUAUAUGUGCUUCGAUAGGAUGUGCUCCAAAUUUGUUAUACUGUGGUGAUGCUAAACGAGGUUUCAAGAUGAUUGUUAUGGAUUAUAUCAAUGAUGUCCCAUUUAAAAAAGAAAAAAUUAGCACCAUGGAAAGUCAAGCUUGUAAGCAAGUCUUUAAUCAUAACCAGUGUAAAGGAAUGCUUGUGGAUUUUGAUUGGUGUGGAAAACAUAAUCAAGAUACAUAUCCUCUUGCAAUGAAUACUGAAAUACCUUGGCCUGAUGGUGCAAGAUCUGGUGCUCUCCUUAUGAAAGCACACGACAAAUACUGGCUUGAGGAGGAUCUGAAUUUGG